GAGAGGAUAGGCCAAGUAUAAAACGGCGGGUGGGAUGGGACAGAUGAUAGACACUUAGGACCUCCUCUUUUAUACGAUAUCAAAUAUUAACAUCCCAUCACUUUAUUAAAAUCUUUCUCCCUCUUAUCCCAUCCUUUCUUAACCAACCGAUGGGAUGUAGUCACUUAUACAAAAGCUUUCACGACGGGAUGUCGUGCACGCAUUAUUCCUCUUAAGUGCCGAUAACCCAAACUGAACUUAAGCACGCGCAACCGAUAAUCCGCGACCUCGAGAUAACAAUUUCAUACAUAUAACAGCCAACACAAUCCUUCACCACCAUUAUGUCUCAACAUACAGCUUGCGUUCACUUCAGAGCAUUCUGUAACUGCCACGAGUGCUGGCUGUACUCUGCACAGUGUCCUACAAGUGAUCUCUGCGCUCAACACAUCUACCAGCAGAUACUCGACGGAGUAUUAUUCAACAUAAAGGACGAGUGGGAGGAAGAAGAGGAACGCCCAGAGAACCUACUCUUAGAACUUCAAAACCAACAUCCAACUGGCCCUCCUCGGGUAAGCGUUAUCCGACACACCAAUGACACUAAUACGGACCAACCAGACUACACAAAAAACAUCCUGGCCAGCUUUCACCACCCCGACCGGGAAAACCAUACAUCUACCUCCCCGGAGAUACUUCCUCUUCAGAACGACGGAAACGCCGAUAUCCCCAACAGCCCUAUCCAUGUACUCGGACUACAUCAACGACAACCAUCAACUGAUCUCGGCUCCCGAACCCCUAUCAACCCUAACAUCACAUCUUCAACUAUUCGAAGUCCUCAACUCUCACCAACCGACACCAACAUACAUCCUUUGUCUCACGAACACGUCAUCCAGAAUACUCAGGCAGAAAAUAUUCUCGAGAGCGAUGGAUGUGCUUCAAAUAAAACCCACGACAACGAUGAUCCAGGAAGAGAACGACAAACAACCUCCAAUCGCAUACGACACGCCAUUCGGAGACGAUGUGAUAUCAGCCCUUCUGAUGUCAAAAGAGCAAAAACAUCACCUACAAAAAGAACAACAAAUGUCAACACAGGACAUCCAGGACCUUCAACUUUGACUUCUCUUUCAACACCACCGUCCAGCGAUACUUCCUCAUUCGUUGGAUCAGACCAUCACGACGGAAGCGAUUCCUCAAAUAAUUCAUCAUCCUACACCUUCAUCCCCCACCGCCGUACAUUCGACGCCCUCCCCCCAACAACACGCCGAUCCCCAUCCUUCGCAGCGUUUGACCACGGGGACCACAUUCACAUCAUCUUCACCGUCAACCACUCCAACAACUCCUCCCGCCACCUCACAACCAUCCUUAAAUUCCUUAAGGUCAACUUUGAGGGAAUUGCAGAGGCUCAUUCGUCUCUACAACUCAUCCGAUACAUCACCCGAUUCAUUUCGUAUCUCAUCCGCAAGGGUCUCGGAACAUUCUAUAAAUAUGGAUCUCGAGUUAUCCCCAUCCUGAAACCACUCACCGACGCCCUACUCCACUAUGAUACUACCGACCAACCAUCCACAUCACACCUCGCCUGCGAACAGUACGUCGAACAAAAAAAGCAGGCAUCCAAAGAAACCGUCACACAAAGAACCUUCUCCAAUGAUUAUAUCAGUUCCCUCAUCACCGAAAACAAAAUUACAUCCUAUGAAUCCUUUCAAAGAACACUUCCCACCGAAACCAAAAUCCAACUACUCAAACAGCUCGGCUAUGUCGGGCAAAACAUCAUUAAAACUCUGAUCAAGAUCCAUACUAUCGAGGCCCUUCAAACCAUCAAAACCAAGCACUAUUAUCAGCUCAUCGCAGACUCAUUUGACCUCUCCUUGGUCCAACAUCCUAACGUCACGUGGUUAACCCGCCUUUUCGCAUCAAACGCUAUCCCGAUCGAAGAAUUCUUCGCAAAAUUUCUCAUCAUACAUUCCACCAACAUCACUAAAAUCAAUACUUUCGUUAUUCAAGGUCCCACAAACACGGGCAAAUCGCUCAUCCUCAACCUUCUCCUGUCAGACACCAAACCCACGAGGAUCGCCAGAGAAAGAGACAAGUCGAACUUCCACCUCGAUCAACUCCCCAACAGCACGGCCGUCCUAUUCGAAGAGCCCAUCAUUGACCAGACCACCAUCGGAACUUGGAAACUUCUGUUGGAGGGAUCGCCCAUCCCUACCGACAUGAAGCAUUCCGACAAGGAAAUCAUCUACCGGUUACCCGUUUUCAUCUCUACAAAUCAACCAAUAUGGAAUUGGGUUUCCGCCGAUGACGUCUCUCCACUCAAACAGCGGCUCUUCCAAUAUGAUAUAACCACUCAAAUAUCGAGCUUCGUCGACAGAACUGGAACCAUCCCUCAGCCUCCAUCAAUAAUCACCAAGCACGACCUAUACGCUCUUUUCCUGCACCAUCUACAACACAUCCACGACGAGUAUAUUUCACUUCUCGCUUCCCUUCCCAUCUCCGAGACUUCUAAGCCAUAUUCGAACGCGCAAUUCGAUAAACUUCAGCAACUUCAAAUCCAGCUCUUGUUACAGGAUUCACCCGACGUUGUUUCAAGAGCUGGAGAAAUCAAAGAUGCAUGAACCCCAAGAAGACAGACCAUCCAAACGCAUGAAACCAUCUUCGAUUGCAGCUCACGGCCAAACAACACACCAGGUCGAACAGGAUGGAUAUGGCAAACACAUGCAUCCCACUACAUCUACUGUUCCCAUUCCCAUCAAGACUACACACGUCCACGGAGGAGUAGAGUCAAGACGGAUACACCAACAUGACCAUCACCGGCAGCCCAAUACUACUUCCAUGCCUGCCUCAGCUGAUGUCACAUCAGGAGCACGACCAGAUCAUGCACGACGAAGCAGGGACACACCGGACACUCGCUGCCUUGGAAAGCAGCCCUGUGAAACUCCCAUAGGGGAGAGGGAAACAUGCAGAACAACCAUCUAUAUUCAUCAACAUAAACUAGGUAGUCUGGAAGUGACUGGAAUCGAUCAUUAUACACCUAUCGCAUUCAAUCGAAUCGCAAAGUGUGAGCCAAUCAGAGGAUCUUAAAUUUCCGUUGAAGAUUUUGGGUGUUGCUCAGUACCUGCGUAGUUUGUCCGUAUAUGUGUAAGAUACUAAGGUAUGUUGUGCAAUUAAUUAGAUUAAUUAGUAAGUAGGGACUUCGAUUUGAUGUUGUGAAACGAGAGUCGACAUUUACGCGUGAAUUUACAUGUGUGUGUUACUUAUGUAUAUGGAUUAUGCUUACUACGUCCAGAAAAAUUAGAAACAAACAUGAAGUCAGUGUUACUAUGAUACGUCAGCCAAAACGUAUUUCUGUAUUUUAAACACCUUUCGGUGUAGCCUGAAGAAGGACCGUAGAAUCUUAACAAAGUGAGAGUGUACUGUGAUUAUGUUAUAAUUUUUGUAUUGUUUCUUGCAGUAGAAAUGGGAAGAAAGAAAAGGUGUUUUGCACCAGGGUGCAUGUCUUCCAGUGACCACACUGGAAUGAAAUUCUUCCAUUUUCCCUGGAAUUCAGCACGGUAUGAGCCAGAUCUGAAAUAUUAUUAUAAAACAUACUGUAAUAUUUUGGCCAGUGUUAUUACAACAUCAAUACCAAUAAUCUUCAACAUUUUCUGUGAUCUGAAGAAAACCUUUGACUGUGUCAAUACCUGUCUGUCUAUCUCUCUGUCUAAAGUAGAAUUUUAUGGAAUAGUUGGUAAGGCCGAUGCACUGAUAAAAUCCUAUGUGAAAGAUAGGUACCAAAGGGUAAGUCUAUUUUACUCACUGGAGGAAUAAUUUAACUUCAUUAUUAAUUAAUGAUCUUGGUCCGUUAUAUGCUGGAUGCCUAGUAGUAUACUAUUAUGUUUCAUUAUUGUAGUCUUGUGUCAUUAGUGUGCUGCAUUCUCUCACAUAUAUAGUUUAAAACUUUGUUAAUGAUUUACUCACUCUGAUUUGUCUUUGAUAAUAUGUGUAAUUGUUAUGGGUUAAAUAUAAUUAAUUUUUAUUUAUAUCAUUGAUGGGACUUGUCCUGUUGUCUUAGACUAUUACUAUAUCCACUGUUCUUCCAGCCGUGUAAAGAUUAACGGUUUCAAGAUGAUUCAGGAUUACAGAAGGUUAUUAAAGUAGAGGAAAGCGGUGCACAGACCAACUGCACUGCGUUUGAUCCGCAGAUGCGAAGGACGGUUGAGAAAAAGUUCACGUACUAGCUAAAUUGAGAGUUAUUACGUUGACGAAUUUGAAAGUGAUUGGGUCGACGUAUCAGCUGUGGGCUGAUGGCCUGCCAGACCCCCUCCCACAUUUCGUUGAAGUUGUAACUGUCCAGUUAUGUGAUGGUCAACUGAUGCUUGUGUGUGGUUAGGGUUCUGUGAAAUUCCUCACUUUCUUCUCACAAUUUGAUAUUUCCCCCCUGGGACUUGCAACAUGUGUCUUGGGUCAAGCUGGAAGCCAGCUGCCCAACCGUA